AGGACGGAACAAGUUCUAUGUCUAUUGAUUGAAUUUCGCAAUUUUGCAGCGUUUGCAUUGUCUUCGUCUAGAUUAUUGAUUUUUUACUUAGUGGUUAAGUAAAGUCGUAACCUAGUUUACUAAGAAGUCACUGAAGUUUGCUUCACGCAUUUUUAUUCACUGUCAUUCUUUGAUCAGCAACCCAGCAUAUUAAAUAGAAAAGAGAAUGCUUGACGGCUUUUCGUCGUUUUUUGGCUCGUCAUGGUUCAUAACCAUUAUUGCUGUGUGGAUAUCCGUAUCAGCACUAGGCAUGUUGAGCCUUACGUCAAGCGCAAAGAAUCUUGGCUUCCUGUGGCACAUACGAGGUGUAGUGGUACUUAUACAUCGGAUGUGUUUACGAUCCCACAUCGUCAUGAUUUGAUGAGAACUGCUGCUCUUCGGAGGAAUUUUUUGACUAUCGCAAUUUUUUGUCAGUGCUAUGCUAUACUCGAAUCGUGAUAAAAGAUUGAUAGAAGAGACUAGUACACGAGUCGCAUAGCCUCCUGCGCAAAUAUCUAUGUAUACAACCAUACAGCUUGCGCUUGUGGAGCCGUUUCUGGAUUUUCUUUUGACGCAGAUUGGUCUGCCACCGAUUUGGUUUGACAGUGUACCUGCGGCUGUAGGCCGAAUGAAGGCAAUAGCGGUCUCGGAAACCGAAGUGCGUGUGACUUAUGCGCUUCGAUGUCAUGUAAAAAGCCCCUACUGAGCUACGUUGCCAUGAGGAAACUACUUUCGCUUUCAAUCGAAGACCUGAGCACAUGUUCACUUGUUUAUGUAGGAAUGAGAUAAGGAUAGCACUUUGGAACUAUGAUAAAAGAAAGAUAAUGCCGAAUCUUUCGACACAUUACUUCGUGCAAUCUUCGACACAUUGGGAAAGAUAAAACAGAGAUGGGUAGAACAAUAUUAUUAUGGCUGUUUUCUCUAAUCGCAAUUCGAAGCUGGGACAUCAGUCGAGGAAGUGGGCCCGCUUCAUCGCGAACGAUAUCUAGUGCAGAUGCGGGAUAUCGGGAGACGAACUGGCACGAAAUCGCCCUGGCGUCGCAUCAGUACCUUUUGAGAUGGUGUCGCUUUUUUAGAUACACUUUGCUUCAUUUUCCACAAGGUUGCAACAGAUGAGGGGCAUGCGCCUGGAAGUGUGUCUCGGUUUUCACAGGGUCCGCCCCACAAAAGGCGCACGCGCCAGCGUGGGGGGGCGUCCGCUUGUCUCUUGCGACUAUCUCCGCACACGAAGCUGCGGGGAGGCCCUCAGGGCUUGCGCGGGGGUCGCUGUGUUCGGGUGGUGGAGCUAAAGCAAAGCACGCGGCAGAUAGGGCGCCAGAUGUUCUCCGCCCUCCGUUAAUCGUUGGAGCUCGCGGGUGCGACCAGGAGAAAGGGCGACGCAGAUGGGGCGCGAGACCUGUGAGGGAAGUCCUUGCGGCACAUACAUGCGCAAGAAAUUCCUGGGGGUGCUGUACGUAGCAAAUCGGGCGCGCGGCUUCUGCCUUCGACGUGUGCGCGGCGCAUAAUGUGGACGACGACCGCCGGGAGGAUGUCUUAGAAGACUGCCCCCAGCGUUUCACCGUUUUCCAUCCAGCCGGAAGCGGGUAAAAAGAUGCAGCCGCCUGAAAUUGCUACGGCGUAAGGGAAGGGGAGCGCGCACGGAGGGACGUCCAGCGCCAUGUUCCAUUGGGGCGGCGCGCUCGCCGGCGUUCGUGUCUUACGUACAGGCCCGCGCUGUAGGUGCGGCAGGGCACUGGGGUCGGGCCCCCGGUUUUCUUUGUGAGUUUUCGACAAGGGUGGGAGCCUUCUCAGCCGGCGGGGGAAGCGCGUGGCGUCGCCCAUUCAUUGCCGCCGCCCCCCCGCAGUGGUGUGGCCCUCUGUUCCAAAAUUUUUUUGUCCUCUCUGGCCUCGUCGUCUUCUUUCUUUGAUGCUUGUGGGUCUUUGCAGUUGCAGACCCGCCAGGCCCGCCACGCGUCGAAAGUCGUAACUUGCUAGAACUAGCAAGCUGGCGACUGUUGUGGCUCGUCUGACUUUGGCCCACCUUCUUUGUGUGAGUGUGUGCAAGUGCAUCUCGAGCAGCGAGGCAGUGCAAAGCUUUUUUUUGUUGUUGCUUGUGAUUAAAUAGCGACUCUGUUGAAGACGUCUCUGGCAUUGAUAGUUGAAUGCUUAGGAAUUCGUAUUCAUUCACCUGUGGUAAACUUUUUGCUCUUGCCAUGAAAGAUGCCCACUUCUUUUACUCGUCUUGAAGUGUCCCAUCUCCAUCAUAAUUUUACAGCUAUCCUGGAAUGGGACGAGGAUAGGUUCUUGACUGUAGGCGAAUUGCGACCAGGAUCGAGAACAGAGUACCGCGUUUGCGCCUUCAACUCGACAGGGACUGGUAACUGGGGGAGAAUUGCAUCUGCCAUGACAUUUUAUCAGAUGAACCACCAGUCAGGCGGCGACGGCCCUCCUUGCAACGUCGCACCAGCAAAACUUUUACGCGCCGUCUUUUGAAAUAGUCUUUUCGUUUGUUGCAUAGGAAGGUAGUCUGAAGUACUUGAAGGAAGUCCCCAAAUACUUACAACCGCUGUGUAGUUGUCAUCCACGUUGAUUUUCUUGAAGGAGAGGAUGUAGGUAAUUAUGUCAUGUUCUAACGAGAUUGCGUAUCUAUUCUGGAAAUGCAACGAUCUGCUUUUAACACGAAUAUGCGACGCAGCUAGAGGGUGAAGAGACCCAAUUCUAAGUCAAACCGAGGAAGCUCCGGCAGACACACUGGGCGACUCAGCUGAUGACAUCGCUCUCGCGCAACUAGUUGAGAGGGAGAAUAGUGAGGUCAGCUCGCUACCACCGCUCUACAUUAAGGACGGAUUCAUUUCACGGACCGGCUUGUUAGAUUAUAGAACGAAGCUACAGACUAAAACGCUGUAAACUAGUUAGUCGCAGCUUACUAUGUGGUAUUAGAGCUGUAGCUUGCAUUUCCGCUGUAUCUAUCAGGGAAAAGGCCGUGAUAAGCCAGAAUCGCUAAUCCCACUUGGGGCCAGACGGCAGAAGCUUUGACGCUCAACGUCCGGGUCGGCUCCGCUGUGAGGGCCAAAGGCGUGACAGUCCGACUAAAGCCCACAGAGCUGUCGAUCACUGCGGAUGACAACCCAAUUUUGCAUGGGUACUCUGAUGUUUUGUUCGCCACUUUCCUAACCUCUUUCUGCUAGCGUAUAAUUCGCUCUCGAAUUGUUGCAAAUUAAGUCGAGCAUUAUCCGAUAUAACAUCAGACAUCACUAGUGCAACUGCUUUAAUCUUCUUUGAAAGGAUCAAGAUAAUGAUUGCCCCACCAACUGAUCACAUCGUUUGCUGCAGGCCUCUGUUUUCUUUUGCUGUUCCGGACGAGUUGACAUGGACAUUGGAGGAUGGAAACCUGUCAGUGGAGUUCGCAAAGCGCACAGCGAAAGAGAAGUGGCCUUGCAUCAUUAAAGACCAUCCACGAAUCGAUCCGCGCAACGUCACUUUCGGCAAUAACUCUCUUAGUGUCGGAGCAAGAGAGCAACUGCGCACGUUGGGUUUGGAUUGACGACCUAGAUGUAGUAGAUUGGUCGUCUUAUGAAAGGUUUCCGCUUGAAAGAUACGAUUUUUUUGAAUGUAUGAAGAAUCGCUGGGAAGGGCAGCUUAAUGGCACUCGAUGGGUUUUUUCUUGCUCUUAUGCACGUUUGCAUGUGCUUACGUUGGAUUCUUGAAAGCUCCUCCUAAUUCCGUUUGAACAAAAUGCUGAAGCACCUGAGCUUCAGUUCACUCAGGACCGCUGCCAUGACUUCUGGUCGUGGAAGGGCAUAAGCCUCGG